AAGACGCUCUUCUAACCUCUGACUUUCAUAACAUAACAUCAGUUCGUGCAAGUUGUGUCGAGUUGAGUCGUCUAGCCUUUGAUAGAGCUGUCGUCUGAUUGCCCGUUCAAGGCGUAUUUCUUUCUUCUAUCAGCAGACCUUGGUCGUAUUUCUUACUUGCAUUCAUUCACAUUUGGUGCUGUGCUUCACACCGAGUCGCAACAUUCCUCUGCUUCAUUUCCUUGUGUAUAGUGGACUCGCAUACCAAUGCGUUGAUAGUCGCUUACUUCAACUCGCGACCAAAUUACCCAUCACUACUGUAGCAUGGCUACUGAAUCGGUGCAUCCCUUACGAAUCAACAAGACAACUACACCAACCAAAGGUCCAUCCAUCAUGGCGAGUGGAAUCCCUCGCCCGCUGUCGGAGCUCUCGCCGACAGAGAUGAGAAGGAACUCUCCCAGCUGGCAUAGACAAUCCACUGGUUCUCCCAAGAAGUCCCCUGGAAACCCCGACUCGUCACCAUUCCAACCUUCGCCUGUGGAAUCAGUGACAUCUCCUCGUUUGUUUUGGCAAAACCGCAACUCGGAAAACCUAUACGGAUCUGGGUCACCAUCACCUAACCGCCGCUCUUCGAUUGAGCGUCUUCAGAAAGCCUCCCGGGUGAGGAACAGCAACAUCCUUGCACUCGAACAGAAGCAGGAAUAUGAUCCCACUCGAAUCCCUCAGAUCGAAAGACCCCUCGCUAAGGUCCAAGGGAACGCCUUUGGGUCGACUGGAUCCUUCCGCUCUUCGACUAUCGAGCGCCCAAUCUUUGGCCAUUCUCGAAGUGACAGCGCGAUGACUAUUCCCGCCGUCAGUCCAAAGUCGUCUACCCAGACAGCCGGUUCACCGAAUCGUCCUCUGACGCCCAGCCGAGAUCAAGUAUCACCUACAAAGUCCUCCCUUUCACACUCAAGGUUCAAGAACAGCUUUGACAUGGAGACGAACACUUGGUCGUUUGGCUCACCCGAAGAGGAUGAUGAUCAUCCGAUGGGACGUCGCCACGCAAAAAGUGUGACUUUUGAUGCUGCGCCCCCUCAGAUCAACGAAUAUGAGAUGGCAACUCCCGAUCUGUCGUCUAUUGGCACCAACUCUCGUGAGGGGAGUUAUGAGUCAAUUGAGUAUGAUGAAGAUGAGGAUGACGUCCUGUAUGAUCCUGGUCACGUUGAUCUCGAGGGCGAUAGCUUUGACGCUUCCCUGGAAGACACAGACAAAACUCCCGUUGUUGGGCCUGAUGACUGGAGAGGCGACAGUCCCAUGGUGAAUCGUAAUGGGCCUCGUGAAUACAGUGACAGUCCCAUGCCUGAGGGUACACCUUCCGCUGCCACGGCUGGUCGUCCUUUACAUAUUCGAAGUGACUCUACGACUUCAAACGGGGAGCAUCGGCCUCUUCCACCUCUUCCUGGUUUUAUGAGCCAUUCUCGCAACAAUUCUGCGCCCUCUUCACCUGCAUCGCCAAGUCUGUCAGCAACUGCAGAAAGAAUGCUUGGGGCUAACAGAAAUCUUCCAUCUCCUCCUCAAGCCUCUACCACAAGCAAGUCAGACAUCCAUAGCAUUGGCAAUGCCAAGAUGUCGCUUGAGGAGCGAUUGAGACUCAUGAUGUUGUCAGACGAUGGUGAUGGCAAGACCGCGGCUGAGCAGCAGCGUGAGCGUCGCCUUCGUAGAGCUAAUGGCCGCGAACGAUUGAGCAGCCCAAUUUCUGAGCCUGAGUCAGCAACAAGCCUCAACGAUGCUCUUCAAGAGCAUGAUGACGUUGUGGGUGACAUGUCGGCUCUUGAUGAUUAUCAAUUACCUCCGCGUAUUUCCCGGGACUCCAUCAUGCGAAAGGUCAACGGUAACAACAAGACAUCUGACCAAGAAAAGGACUGCAUUUUCUCUUCCCCUCCCACCUCAAGAAGUCCAAGCAGGAGCCCCGAACGGCAGGUUCCUGCAGACCCUGAUGUGCCUAUUCCGUCUACCGAGGAUUCUUUGCAGGGUAUGUCCGAUGAGGAGGAAGAGGAAGAGGAAGGUAGUGUCAUCAUCAGAAGAAUGCCUGAGAGCGAGAUCGAGUUUUACGAGGACUCGGACGUCGAUUUUGAUGAAGAGGAGUCCAAGCUGGAGCUGCCAGCUGAUAGUGAUAGUGAAAGCCACUAUUCGUCGCAGGAACCUACACCGACACAAGCCAAACCUGAAGAAUUCAAGGAGGAGGCAAGAGAGGAAAGCUUAGAGCGUGAUGACCUCCGAGAGGAGGUCAUGACACCUAGACCUACUCAUACACAAAACGAAAGCGUCUCAUCGUUGCCAGACUUCGCUUCAGGCGACAAAGAUGUCUCCUUCUCUAGAGAUUUCGAGUCUUACAUGCUGCCCGAGCCUGAGGAGCCCAAGGUGAUUGAAGAGCCUGUGAAGGAAGUCAAGGAGAUCGAGGCUCCAAAAAUGGCUGAUGCCCAUACUUACCUUCAGCGCCCAUUCACUCCUGAGCAUCUCUCCAAGCCUGAGUAUGAUGGCACUGGAUGGGGUGAUCCUGAAGACGAAUAUGAAGAUGACUGCCCCAGCACACCAGACUCGGUUAUUCACCACCCAGCUCCAGUCCGUGCGGAAGAACCUGAGCAAGCCACUAUUCCUGAGCGAUCUGCCACCAUCAAGGCCCCAGGUUCGAAGCUUAAGACUCGUCUCUCAAAUACUCCAUCCGACAUUAGUGCUAUGCGAGAGGCUCGUCGACAAGUGAGCAUGGAGAUUCCCGAUGUCCCUCCGAUUCCCGACAAGCAUAGCAAGCGCCUCUCGAAGGACAAUAACGGACUCUUGCUUACUGGUGACGAAUUCAUUAACCGUCAUCCUAGUUUCAAGAAUCGCAGCUUGACAUUGGAUCUUGACUUAGGUCUCAGCCUCGACCAAGACUUUGAGCGAGUCAUCGAGGCACAAAAGGUGGCUUACAACGAUCUCUUUACUCAAUCCCCAGCCCACAACAACCCCAGUAGACAAGUGUCUGCAGCAAAAGCCCAACAAGAAAUUGCUGAAGGACUGAAUGCUAACGUAACAUCUCGUCGUCAGCGCGGUUAUCUCAUGCGACAAAAUACGAAAGUUGUUACUGCCAGUGACAAGGAUACCGAGGACUUUCGAGUUGCCAGAUCCGUUGGAAACUCUCCUGUUAAGGAGGAUAGGCCCAUCUCAUGUAUUGUUGAGCCAUGGAACGGUAAGCCUCGCCAGAGAAGUGUGCGGAAGCGUGUUGGCGGCAGCACUGGACCUGUGCCACCUAUGCCCGGUCAAGAAAGUAAUGCAACAGCCGUCAGUCAUACUCCCGUCGACGAGGACCUGACACUUGAAAUGGCAACGCCAGAAAGCGGAGAGAGAGGCCGCCUAUUUGUCAAGGUUAUGGGGGUUAAAGAUCUUGACCUGCCUCUUCCAAGAAAUGAGCGAACUUGGUUCAGUCUCACCCUCGAUAAUGGUGUACAUUGUGUGACUACAGCAUGGCUCGAGCUAGCACGCAAUGCUCCAAUUGGCCAGGAGUUUGAACUCGUCGUACCUAAUGACCUUGAGUUUCAACUGACCCUCAACGUCAAACUGGAGAAACCUAUUGAGCGUGCUAAGCCGCCUCCUACUACAGUCAAGACACAUAAGCACAAAACUUCGACCUUCAGCAGGGUAUUCGCAUCACCCAAAAAACGCAAAGAACUAGAGCUCCGCCAGCGGGAAGAAGAGGAGCGAGCUGUGCAGCAACAAAAGGACGCCCAGGCCAAGCAGCGUACCGGACCCCCCACAGCUUACGAGCUUCUGUCUCCUCUGGCUGCGGAGGACGGUAGCUUUGGUCGCGCCUAUGUUUGUCUCCGGGAACAUGAGAGUCGGUGCUUUGGUCGGCCUUAUAUGGCUGAAGUUGCUUGCUUCAAUGAAUGGGCUACAGAGGAGGCUGGAUUUGCGUCCAGUGUCAAGAGCAAGCGUGGUAACACGGCCGUUGUCCGACGUGCACCCUACAAAGUGGGCAAGCUGGAGCUUCAGCUUCUCUUCGUUCCUCGCCCUAAGAAUGCUACAGACGAUGAUAUGCCCAAGAGUAUGAACUCAUGCAUCCGGGAGCUCAAGGCAGCAGAAGAAAGGAUGUCUCGCAACUGGGAGGGUCACCUUAGUCAGCAAGGUGGUGAUUGCCCUUACUGGCGACGCAGGUAUUUUAAGCUUGUGGGUACCAAGCUCACUGCUUAUCAUGAGGCAACUCGUCAACCUCGAGCUACCAUCAACUUGGCCAACGCCAAACGGUUAAUUGACGAUCGUCGAGCGUUAACAGAAAAGGAGACGACAGGUAGAGGCGGCCGACGACGUCGAUCUGCUUUUGCGGAAGAUGAAGAAGGCUACAUGUUUGUCGAGGAAGGAUUCCGUAUCCGAUUCAACAACGGCGAGCUCAUUGACUUCUACGCAGACACAGCUGCAGACAAGGAAGGCUGGAUGAAGGUCCUCACUGACGUUGUUGGACGUGACAAUCCAGAUGAUGACUCUUCAAAUCAGCGAGCAAAGGCUAAGUGGUGUCAGUUGGUUCUUCGACGAGAAGAGCAACUACGUCGCCGAGCAUCAGGUCGCCGAGUGAACUCACGACCUAAGAGCAUGUUCCUCUAAGACACGAUGUCACUCAGGCAAGCUCUUAUGACGGAGACGAAAAUGAGACAAGGUGCUGGGCGCCGUAACACUACUACCUGGACCAGGCGUUCAGGACCAGCAGGAUAUUCAUGAUAGAUGUCUCUGUUCUCCAUUCUUCUGGCAUUGGUUUAUAUGGUUGACGGUUGAUGGGGUACUACCUUGAUGUUGUAAUACGAUUGGAGUUGGGGGGCUGUUGUAUCCUUGGGCGAGGAAAUCGGGAGCAUUGGCCGUUUAUGCACUUACAAGGCGUCGGCGAGGACAUUGCUUAUGGUUGUUUCACUUGUUUCUUGGGGUAAUAGGCGCUUGCGCGCCAAGGGAUUUCAGUUUAUAGCAUGGGAUUAUAAUGAAUCGUCUAAAAUGUCACUAAGUGUAGAAACAAGUGUUUGGCCAGA